UGGAAGGGAGAGAGUGGCGAAGUAGAUGAGGCAACAAUUGAACAAGAAGUUGAUCAAAUACUCGCCACUGUUGACUUUGAUAAAAAUGGAUAUAUUGAAUACUCAGAGUUCGUGACAGUAUGCAUGGAUAAACAAUUACUAUUAUCUAGGGAGAGGCUGCUGCAGGCUUUCCAACAAUUUGAUAGUGAUGGAUCAGGAAAGAUUACCAAUGAUGAAUUAGCUAAAUUAUUCGGCAUAACACAAAUAGAUGAUAAGGCAUGGCAUGAAGUCCUCGCAGAGUGCGACAAAAAUAAUGAUGGAGAAGUUGACUUUGAUGAGUUUGUAGAAAUGAUGCAAAAAAUAUGCGACGUUAAAGUACGCAGCUAA